CAUGGAUUCACAUCCGGGAUACUGAUAUGCGUAGCAAGGGUGCUAGUAUAACGGAGGAUAUUUUUUGCGAGUGCUACAAUGUGUGUUCUAUCCAUACCUCUUCGUAUACGGCUGAAGAGUCUUGA